CACUGUUGGCUGAAAAAUACAUACGUUAUGCAUGAUUAUUGCAUGACCUGGCACAAUACAUUGCAGUAUAUUAUUGUUUCAGAGUAGAAGAAGAGGAAAAAUAGCAGAACAUUCCCAGUUCUAUUCGCAAUUUAUCCAUUUGCAUACAAAUCAUGAAUUUGAGAGUUCUAUGGCUUGUGCAGAUUUAAGUGUGCUCUCUUAUUCAUUUAUAGCUAUGCACCUGAUCCUCGCCUUGCACUUGAUACCAUCUUGAAGUAAUUCAGAAGCAUCCAUGUAAUGGCUUUAGGCUAUCUGUGCAUGGAAGAGCUUCCUAACAGCAUCAGUAACUUAAAGCAAUUUCGAUAUCUUGAUUUCUCUCUUGCAAACAUUGUAAGCUUCCCUGAAUCAUUUUGUAGACUCUACAACUUGCAAGACUGAAAUUGAUGCCGCAUUUGAAUGUUUGCUUUCCUAGACGGAUAAGAAACCUUAUCAACUUGAAGAAACCUGAUGCAAAUGAAAACAGUGCUGCACAUAUAUUUGAAAUAGAAAGCUAUCUGCUCUUCAAAAAUUGAGUCUCUUAAAAGUUGUAAAGAAAACUGAGCGCAUGAUCUGAGAACUGAUGGAGAUGAAUAAGCUUCAUGGUAGGUUAUGCAUUAGUAACCUGGAAAAUGUUGAUACUAAAGAAGAAGCUAAUCAGGCUAUGCUAAACAACAAGAAGUGCCCCAAUGAGUUACGCUUCAAAUGGAUCUUUGACAUGCAUGCUCAGUUGGGGAUUGAUGUGCCUGAUGCUGAUGUACUAGAUGCCUUACAACCACACCCUAAUCAUAAAGAUCUGAAGGUCAUAACAUAUGGCGGGGUCAAAUAUCCAAGCUGGUUGAACAAAACAUCACUCCCGAAACUUAAAUCAAUGUUCUUGGGUAAUUGCAAAAGCUUGGAGCAGCUUCCAUCUCUGGGACAUUGGCCAUCUCUGAAAUACCUGAAAUUUGGAUGUGUGAAUGCAGUGAGACAAGUUGGAUUAAACUUCUAUGGAACUCCAACUAUUAGUAGUUUCCCUGUGCUCGAACAUCUAUCAUGCUGGAACAUGCCAGAAUGGGAUGACAGGUCUUCAACAGAUGCCAGACAAUUAUUUCCUUGCGUACUUGACCUCUACGUCAAGGACUACCCCAAGCUGAGAAGGUUACCUUGCAUUCCAUUUUCUCUUGUAAAACUUAGGCUGUCGAAAGUGGGAUAGGAUGGGAUAGGAUGAACUUGCAGGAGCUGGGGUUGGAUCCAAUCACAGUGAUAGCAACUGUUAGAGUUCUUCACUCUCUAUGGAUGUGCAUCAAGAACUGUCCAAAAUUAAGAAAACUUGAAGAAUUGUUAUGUCAAGCACCUUUCUGGAUUAAAGGAAAUGUUACCUCGCUGCCAGUUGAGAGGUUGAAAGAUCUCAUCAGCCUUGAAUGCUUGGAGUUGGGACUGUCCAAAUCAGGAAGAAGGGCUAACUUCCUCCUUCCUCUGAAAAAAAUUUGUUUUUGGAUAUUGUGGCAAUCUCUACAUGUCACUGCCAGGUUGCCUGUAAAACUCUCUCUCUACAUUGAAGAUGAUCAGUUGUCCACAUAACAUCUCUGCAAAAAGAAAACCUGCAUCACCUGAUAUCGCUUAAGAUUUGACCAUAUAGGAUUUUGCACAUAUUACCUUUUUGGAACCAUUACACAGUCUUCCUUCCCUCAGAAAGCUUGGCAAUUCUAGAUGUCCCAGAUUGACAAUGGCUUCUCCUCAGAACCACAACGAGCUGCUAAAUGGGCCGUCAUUACUCCGUUCAGUGUAUUGAUGACACUUCGUUGAUCAUAUGGCAGCUUAUUGGAGGCUUCAGAUCCUGAAAAUUUAGCAUUCUCUAAAAGUUGCUUUGUUUACUGAUGGUGGGAAGCAAGAAUGGCUGGGGAAUCUCACAAGCCUUUGUGAAUUAAGCUUCAAAGCUUGUCCCAAUCUGCAAGCUUGGCCUUCGAACUUGCAUGCAGUUUCCUCACUACAAAAAUUAGAGAUGGAGGACUGUCCUGAGUUGAAGUCAUUACUGGAGAACGGGCUUCCAGGUUUCUUAAAACUUAAAAGAAGUUGGUUUCAAGAAAUUGUCAUCCAGAUAUGAAGCAAAGGUUCAGAGGAGGUAGUGGUACAGACAUGCCAAAGAUUGCUCAUGUCCGGAAGAUACCCUUUGUUAGGUAAUUCAUACCCAUUUCUUUUCUAGUUCAUAUGCCCGCCCAACCUACGAGUUUUUUAUUUUUAUUUUUUUCUGUGAGAGGAAUAUUUUACUGGACAUUAUUAUGCUUCCCAUUCAAGCAUUCUUGCCUCCCAUCAGAGGAUUGCAAAGUUUAUCAACAAGAUUCUGCUUACGUGCUGCUAUGUUGCAUUAACAUUAGCAGAACAAAAUAGAAUAAGUGGAUAAAUCUGAAAAGUCCAGGAUGUAUACAUGUGUGUGUAUGUGU